GGAGAGGUAACUGCAGGAUCUGUAUGCACAGUGCAGUCAAAGCUCCCUCCUCUUCCUCCUCUUCUUCCUCCUCCACAGCUGUUGCUACUGCCGCCCAGCGAGCAGCUCUUUCCUGCUGCAGACAGACGACUCAGAGGCUGGGGAAUCAGUAAAGACACAACCCAGCCCGUCUCAGCACAGCUCGCCACAGCCUGGCUCAGACACUCGAAGACGUUUGGGAGGGGAUACACUGCAACGCAUUCACCCACGCGCACACACACCAGGCUCUGACACACACUCCUCCUCGCUCACUCUCUCUCUCUCUCUCUCUCUCUCUCUCUCUCUCUCUCCCUUUGGUCCUCGCUUCUGCACUGCUCCUUCACUCAUUCGCUGCUGAUUCACUCACUCCCUCGCUUGCCUCUCCUCUGCGAGUCGCCCUGCCUUGCUGCGUUCUGCCUGCCUUCCCUCUGCCCGCCUGCCUGCCUGAGAAUGGUCCAGCCGGUGCCUAAGGGUCUGCUGUCGCGGCCUGUCUGAAUGCGUGCAUAAACACACAGAGCCAGUCGUCACACGGAAGCUCACGCACACAGAGCUGGAGAGCAAUGUGAGAGAGGAAGUGCCUUCCCUGAUGUCUGCUGCAGCUUUGACCUGCUUCUACAGCUGAAGCUCCAUCCCCCUCUCCCCUUGCUCGCUCGCUUGCUGCCACAGUUCUAAGAGUAAAAGGACAACGACCACACCUUUCCCCAGUUUCUCCACCAUCAGCAUCCACUCCAGCAUCAGCCCUCCCCACCAGACGGCCCUGCUGCUCACUACCAGCUGACCAGCCUUACCACUGCACCACCAGGCCCCACAAACAGCAUUUCACCCACCUUGCCUUUCACCAUCGCCUUCAACCCCUUGAGGCCUCCGCUCAGAUCUCAGUGUCCUUAACUUUCCUGAAGCAGACUUUAUAGACUGUCACCUUUGUUGCCUGCUUCACUGCACCCAACCAGAGGGCUCUCAGUUUGGACGUUGCAUAAGAAAGUAAGCAAUAAACUAAAAGAGUGAAGAGGGACACAUUUGUAGGCUCCUGGAUAUCAGAUCUUUGCCGGGUGUUGCGUGCAUCAGGAAAAUGACCCAUUAACGUCCUCAGCAAACACUGUCCUGCAGCAUUUCACCAAUCGCAUUUUUCUGAAUGUUUUAUUUCAAAUAAUCACAAGCAGCAAAGAUAUAAAGGAAACAUUUUUUUUUUUAAAAAAAAAAGGACAUUUGUGGAUUUAAAACACUAGAAGUACUUUAUCCGCACCUGACGUGUCUCUGUUAAGAACACCUUUUGCCUGCGUGUUGCCAUGGCCAUGAACAUAGCACACAUCCGCGACACAAAGUGGCUGACACUGGAAGUAUGCCGAGAGUUUCAGAGGGGCACUUGCUCACGCUCCGACCAGGAGUGCAAGUUCGCCCAUCCGGCGAAGAGCUGCCAGGUGGACAACGGGCGGGUGAUUGCUUGCUUCGAUUCACUUAAGGGCCGUUGUUCCAGGGAGAACUGCAAGUACCUGCACCCUCCUCCCCAUCUAAAGACCCAGCUGGAGAUCAAUGGCAGGAACAAUCUGAUUCAGCAGAAAAAUAUGGCCAUGCUAGCCCAGCAGAUGCAGCUCGCCAAUGCUAUGAUGCCUGGCACUCAGCUACCCCCCAUGCCCAUGUUUUCGAUGACACCAGGCCUGGCCACCAAUGCAAGCGCAGCAGCAGCUGCUGCCGCUGCAGCCUUCAACCCUUACCUGAGCCCAAUGUCUCCAAGCCUGAUGCCUCCAGAGAUCCUGCCCAGCACCCCUGUGCUUAUGUCAUCCAGCCCCAACGUUAGCCAAGUUCCCAACGCUGCUGCUGCUGCAGCCCAGAAACUGCUGAGAACAGACAGACUUGAGGUGUGUCGUGAGUAUCAGAGGGGAAACUGUGCUCGGGGGGAGGGCGAGUGCCGCUUCGCUCACCCCGCAGAUAGCACCAUGAUCGACACCAACGAUAACACCGUAACCGUGUGCAUGGACUACAUCAAGGGUCGGUGCACUAGGGAAAAGUGCAAGUACUUCCACCCUCCUGCCCAUCUGCAGGCUAAAAUUAAGGCCACCCAGCAUCAGGUGAACCAGGCCACGGCUGCCGCGGCCAUGACUCAGUCGGCUGUCAAAUCACUGAAGCGACCCCUCGACGCAACCUUUGACCUGGGCAUCACCCCUAGUGUCAUGGCUCCCCUCCCAAAGCGGGCAGCCCUGGAGAAGGCCAACGGGGCCACAGCCAUGUUUAACACCGGCAUGCUUCAGUACCAACAAGCCCUGGCCAGCAUGCAGUUUCAGCAGCAGGCUGCUUUCCUCCCAUCAGAUUCCAAUAAUAUCUGCAGAUCAUCUGAGUAGUCACAAGUACUUGACUCAAAUGUAGUUCCUCUUAAGAACAAUCAAAUGAAUGUGUGCUGGCACCGUCCAAGCCAAAAGAGUUAAGCCUUUAUGUACAUAACCUUCAGAAUGUCAAGCGAUGGGACAAGGAGGGUCAGCCAUCUCUUAGCCUGUCCACAAUGAGGGACUCGUCACAUGCGUCAAGGGUACAACACAUGAUCUGUGCCAUCUUCCCACAUAUCAAUAUCCAGAAGAAUUUGCCGUCAGAGUCAACGUCCAGCCAAGAAGAGGAGGAUCACGUGAUACAUCGGUGUAUCUGAAUCCGUUUGCUCUAC